GCGUGGUAUCGAAGCGUUUCCGAAAGAACUAUAUUCACCGGUUCACGGCCACCAGGUCGUUGUUCUGGUACUCCCCGUGGUCUCCAGUCCGAAGAGCUUGCGUCUACCUCUCCACCAACCAGUACUUCGAUUACUUUGUCAUGGCUACCAUACUGCUCAACUGUGUCUUCCUCGCCAUGUCGGAGACUAUCGAAGAGGCUGAGUACAUUUUCCUGGCGAUCUACACGGCGGAGAUGAUAAUUAAGUGUAUAGCUAAGGGUUUCAUAUUAAAUAAGUACACAUACCUACGGAAUCCGUGGAAUUGGUUGGAUUUCGUCGUCAUCACGUCAGGGUACGCCACCAUCGGCAUGGAGGUGGGCAACCUGGCUGGUCUGCGGACCUUUAGAGUGCUAAGAGCAUUGAAGACUGUUUCUAUAAUGCCGGGUCUAAAAACUAUCAUCAACGCGCUGCUGCACUCGUUCAAGCAGCUCGCAGAAGUAAUGACGCUGACCAUCUUCUGUCUGAUGGUGUUCGCACUAUUCGCACUGCAGGUCUACAUGGGGGAACUCAGGAAUAAAUGCGUGAAGAACCUCGUCAUUCCACCUGGAGAAAACUUCACUGAUGAAGCGUGGUCAGCGUGGAUUCAAGAGCCAUCAAACUGGAUGGUGAAUGCGGAGGAGGUGCCUAUAAUCUGUGGCAACCUGACAGGGGCCCGGCAUUGCCCCCCAGAGUGGACCUGUCUCUGUGUGGGCCCCAACCCUAACCAUGGGUACACCAACUUCGACAACUUCCUAUGGUCCAUGCUCACCACAUUCCAGCUUAUCACCCUCGAUUAUUGGGAGAAUGUAUAUAAUAUGGUACUGUCAUCAUGCGGUCCGAUGUCGGUGUCAUUCUUCACAGUAGUGGUAUUCUUCGGAUCGUUCUACCUCAUCAACCUGAUGCUUGCCGUCGUGGCCCUCAGCUAUGAAGAGGAGUCGCAGAUCACACAGGAGGAAAGGAAGAAAGACCUGAAUGAGCAUCGCGACGAUUCCACCUUCAGCUUCGACCCCACGUCGCUGGCGGUUCGGACGCUCGCCAAGGACUCGAGAAAGCGCAUAGACGCGCGUAAAGGCCUGCUACUGGCCUCUUAUUCACGAAAACGGACAAGAAGACGUAAACGGGGCAGAAGUGCUAUUCAUCAUGCAGCUGCAGUUGCUGCUGUUGCUGAUGACGCGGGCAAGCGGUCCCGGUCGCGGUCUCGCUCGCGGUCCGUGACCCCGAGCGCAUCACCCCCGCCGCUACCGGCGCCGCAGCCCCCGCCCCCGCCCCACACUCUGCACCCAGACAAUGCAUUAGGACGAGGUGCCCUAAGUGCGGCGGGACGUCAAUUAAGUGAUCACAGUAACAACAGGGAGUCUUCCCUUGAUGACUCGGGUGUGGUGGAUGACCACGAUGAUGGAGAGCAUACAUCUGACGACCAAGCACCACAUCCGCACCCUCGGAGACAUCUACUGAUACCUCAACUGCCACCGCCGCCAAACCACCCACCUACACCGAUGCCAAUGCCGAUGCAGACCCCCAUGCAGAUGCCAAUGCCAAUGCAGAUACAGAUGCCAAUGCCUAUGCCUAUGCCUACCCCAAUGCCUACCCCAAUGCCUACACCAAUGGUGCCCAUGCCCAUGCCUCAAAUUCAACAGGUUUCUCAAGACAGCCAAACACAAGAAUCAAAACACAAACACGCAACAAAAAUUGAAAAGCCUGCUUUGAAACCAAAAAAGCCGACAAAAAGCAUACAGGACAAGUACCCGUUAAACCCGGACUACCUCAACCAGAUCGUCGUGCUAGGGGCGGACUGGCCAUACAAGCGCGCGCCCGACCUCCCGCAAGCGGAGACGACGAAAAUUAAUGAGCUCAGUUUAUUGGCAGCCACGCACAAAACUCAUAUGGGCAAUUACGAGCAAAAUUGCACUUACUUCACAGAUGAGCUCGUGGAUAGAAACUGUGAAUGUUGCGUGUCUUGCUGUAUAGACUAUGAAGGCUGGCUCCAGUUCCAGAACUGUUUGUAUGGGAUUGUGAAAGAUCCCUUGUUUGAGUUGUUCAUUACAACUUGUAUUGUUCUUAAUACACUCUUCCUUGCGCUGGAGCAUCAUGGGAUGAGUGAGAACGUUAGAUCGGCCUUAGAUAUAGGAAAUAAGGUGUUCACGUCGAUAUUUACAUUGGAAUGUAUAAUGAAAGUGAUGGCGAUGAGUAAAGACUUCUUUGCGUGUGGUUGGAAUAUAUUCGACUUGAUUAUAGUGUCAGCAAGCCUUCUAGAUCUUAUAUUCGAGCUCGUCGAUGGCCUAUCUGUGUUGCGAGGUCUUCGUUUGUUACGAGUGUUAAAAUUAGCUCAAUCAUGGACUACAAUGAAAGUGUUAUUGAGUAUUAUAAUAUCGACAAUCGGUGCUCUUGGUAAUUUGACGUUCGUGUUAGUGAUAGUUAUAUACAUAUUUGCUGUGAUCGGUAUGCAACUAUUCUCCAAGUCCUACACGCCGGACAAGUUCGACCCGGAUCCAGUACCCAGGUGGAACUUCAACGACUUCUUCCACUCGUUCAUGAUGAUAUUCCGGAUACUUUGCGGCGAGUGGAUCGAGCCUCUGUGGGACUGUAUGCGCGCGGAGCAGGAGACAGGGGCAGAGAGUUGCUUCUUCAUAUUCUUGCCCGCACUCGUUAUGGGCAACUUUAUGGUGCUCAACCUCUUCCUUGCCUUGCUGCUCAACAGCUUCAAUAGUGAGGAACUUAAGAAUAAGAAGGAGGAAGUUGGUGAAGAUUCAAAAUUAGCUAAAAGUUUCGAUAGAAUACGUUCUAUAGUAAGAAAAAAAGGUUUCCUUAUAUCGAGAAGUAAAGAGACUGACAAAAAAUCUAAGUUAGAAGAGCUAGUUAACGAAUUUAUGACACAACAACGCGCUAUAAAGGAGAAAAAGGCGUCAAUACCGAGUGAGCAGAGGUACUCAGCAUCCAUACAGGAGACCAUCCUGUUCCCACACGACAAUAUUUAUAGUCAUAGUUAUCAAGAAGCAUUAAAUAGGCCAAUAUCAGUGGGUUCCGACUUCGCGUACCCACAUCUUUACCAAGCUACCAACAACUUUAACCACGGUAGUCAAGAAACUUUAAAAGACGUGCGUGACUUGGCGGCCGAACAUAAAAUCACUAGCAUUAGGGAAGAUUCCAAGGAAAAUCUUGAAGAUACAUCGCCUACAGAACAAGUUGCUGUUCAAAGGUUAUUGAACCAAGUAUCCUCUGGCUAUCACACGCAGCCAUCUGAUUCAAGAGAUGAGAACGAACAUUAUGAAAUGGCCCAGUUGUCGAGUAGAACAACGCCAGAAAAACCGAAGAGGCAACCCAGGGAACUACCACCAUCGAACAACUUAAGUGGGAGAAAAAACUCACAGGGUCAAUAUAUUGAUGCGAUGGGAAACUUCCCCGGAUUUGGGAAACAGAAAGAGCCGAAAGUACCCGAAAAUUGUUUCCCUCGCCAAUGUUACGAUGCGAGUACUUGUUGGGAUGCAUGUAUUGAAACCAACUUGGGUCAGCGUUGGAUGUUUCUCCGGACCUAUAUCCUGCGGUAUGUAGACACUCCAGCCUUCGAGUGGUUCGUAUUGGUGCUCAUCUUUGCAUCAAGCAUCACGCUCUGCUUCGAAGACAUUCACCUCGAGAAAAACAAACCAUUGAAGAAAAUCCUAUACUGGACCAACUUGGGGUUCUGUAUGAUCUUCAUUAUCGAGAUGUUUCUCAAGUGGAUUGCGCUGGGGUUCUUCAGAUAUUUCACCAGUUUCUGGACUCUAUUAGAUUUUACUAUAGUAUUUGUUUCAGUAUUCAGUUUGUUAAUAGAAGAAAAUGAAAACUUAAAAGUGUUAAGAUCGUUAAGAACUUUACGUGCGUUGAGGCCAUUGCGAGCAAUAUCGCGCUGGCAGGGAAUGCGUAUCGUGGUGAACGCGUUAAUGUAUGCGAUACCCAGUAUCUUCAACGUAUUGUUAGUGUGUUUAGUAUUCUGGUUAAUAUUUUCUAUCAUGGGUGUUCAAUUUUUUGGUGGAAAAUUUUAUAAAUGUGUCGAUGAUGAAGGCGAAUUACUACCAUUAGAGAUAGUGAACGAUAAAUGGGAGUGUUAUUAUAAUAACUUCACUUGGAUCAAUUCAAAAAUAUCGUUCGACCACGUGGGCAUAGCCUACUUGGCAUUAUUUCAAGUUGCCACGUUCGAAGGCUGGAUGGAAGUGAUGGCCGAUGCAGUCGAUGCACGAGGUGUUGAUUUGCAGCCAGCGAGAGAAGCUAACAUCUACGCUUAUAUUUAUUUUGUCAUAUUCAUCGUAUGCGGUUCAUUCUUCACUCUUAAUCUGUUCAUAGGAGUAAUUAUAGAUAACUUUAAUAUGCUCAAGAAGAAGUACGAAGGCGGAGUUUUAGAAAUGUUUCUUACCGAGAGUCAAAAGCAUUACUAUACAGCAAUGAAGAAACUUGGUAGAAAAAAGCCCCAGAAAGUAAUAAAGAGGCCAAGGAAUCAGUUCUUAGCAAUGUUCUACGAUCUCUCGAAUUCUAGAAGAUUUGAGAUCGCAAUUUUCGUUUUAAUAUUCCUAAAUAUGCUCACUAUGGGCAUAGAACAUUAUGAUCAGCCGCAUUCCGUUUUCUUUAUAUUAGAAGUUAGUAAUGCGUUUUUCACGACUGUGUUUGGUUUAGAAGCGAUAGUGAAAAUAGUAGGUCUUCGAUAUCAUUAUUUCACGGUACCAUGGAACGUGUUCGACUUCCUGCUGGUGCUGGCGUCUAUCCUGGGCAUCUUGAUGGAGGACAUCAUGAUUGACCUUCCCAUCUCGCCAACCUUGCUACGAGUCGUACGAGUGUUCAGGAUAGGGAGAAUUUUAAGACUGAUUAAAGCCGCUAAGGGCAUUAGAAAACUACUGUUCGCGCUAGUAGUAUCGCUGCCCGCGCUAUUCAACAUCGGCGCGUUACUAGCUCUCAUCACCUUCAUCUACGCCAUCAUCGGCAUGUCCGUCUUUGGGCACGUCAAGGAGCAAGGAGCGCUCAACGACAUCGUCAACUUUCAAACUUUCGGGAGAAGUAUGCAGUUGCUUUUUCGUUUAAUGACAUCAGCCGGCUGGAACGACGUGUUAGAAUCACUUAUGAUCCAGCCUCCUGAAUGCGAGUUAGGCGAACAUCCCGGCCAGAAUGGCAACUGUGGAAGCCCACUCCUGGCCAUCACGUACUUCACUUCGUUCAUCAUCAUUAGCUACAUGAUUGUCAUCAACAUGUACAUCGCCAUCAUCCUCGAGAAUUUCAAUCAAGCGCAUCAAGAGGAAGAGAUUGGAAUCGUUGAAGAUGAUUUGGAGAUGUUCUAUAUUCGGUGGUCAAAAUACGACCCACACGCAACUCAAUUCAUAAGUUUCGCUCAACUAUCAGACUUUAUAGCUUCCUUAGACCCUCCGCUAGGCAUCUCGAAACCUAAUACAGUGGCUUUAGUCAGUUUUAAUCUGCCGAUAGCUAAAGGCAAUAAGAUUCACUGUUUAGAUAUACUUCAUGCCCUUGUCAAACAUGUGUUGGGGCAUGUCGAAGAGACUGAUACGUUCAGACAGCUUCAAGAACAAAUGGAUAUUAAGUUCAAGAAGCAGUUCCCUACAAGGAAAGAGCUGGAAAUCGUUUCCUCGACGAGGAUAUGGAAGAGAGAGGACAAGGCAGCCCGGACUAUCCAACGGGCGUGGAGAGAUUACGUAAAACGAAAAAAUCGCAGCCCAUCACAAGAAGAAGAGAGUACAAAGUGGUCACCUGGCGGGGGUUGGGGCGGGCGGCUGAGUGCUCUGCUGCACGUGCGGCGCGGCUCGCACGCGUCCAGUCGCAAGUCGUCGCGAGCGUCCGACGCGUCCGACAUCAGCGAGUUAGGGGGCGCCUGGCUCAACCUGCCGCUACUGCUGCUACCAGGGGCCGCGCCCGGGGAACAACCGAGUGGUUCUGAGUCAGCGCCGCCUCGAAGGCGCUCGGCCUACGGAUUGCCAAUCUUCCUGCGGCAUCAGGACGCCUUGGACGAAGAGACCGGCCCGAAACGAGCAGGUUCCCUUCGGCUGAGCUCGCGGCGCAGCUCCAUGCGUCGCGUGACACCGCCGGCGCGCGCGCGCACUCCGUCGCCACACGCCAACAGUGAGGUCAGCAUCCUCGUGACGGAGGCGUCUCCUGACGCAGCUCCAGUGGCCACGUCUGCGCCUCCCGCGCCCCUCACCCCGACUGCGCCCCCCGCGCCCCCGCCCACACUGGUGCGUGUGCUGGUGCACCGAGAGUCGGACGAGCGCCCCAGCUGAUCUCCGACUCCCGAGCUCGAGCCCCGAGCUCCUCCUCCGGACGUUCCCCCAUCGAACGACCCCGAUUGACUUUCCAUCCGGCAGUGCUCCGGCGAAAAUUGUGAUUUUUAAAUUUAAUUAGCCCCGUUCGCGGAUGUCAUUAUGGUGGAUACGUUGAGAUAGAUGACCUCGUUUCCCUAAACCUAGUAAACGUUAGACACGAGAGUUGUAAUUUUGUUAUUUACGGGUAGAAUUUGAAAUGCGCCCAUUUAUCUCAACAAUUAAUAAUUAAUAGAUAGUUAAUACAGUAAUAACCUGAAACUUCCAGAGUCGUUACAAUAAAGUUUUCAUUAGUAUCUCGUCGAAUUCAAUAUAGCUUUACGAUACCGAACUGCGCUCGGACGCGCACGCAAGUUGCAUUACACGCCGUUAGGUAACAUUCGUUUUUAGACGCUUUAAUAGAGUAAUGUUGCUGAAUCCGAUUUCUCUGGAUCGUAGAAAGCUGGGAUUAAUUAACAGAUUCAUAACAAUUACCUUAUUCAAUUAUAGACGUAGAGAACCAAAAAUGUGCCUAGAAAAAUACGUAUAAACACAAUAAUACAUAGAAAUCGGAAGUCUAUGCCAAAAAUAAUUAAAAAUCGAAUCUAAGCAUAGCAUGUUGUUAAGGUUUACUACUUUGAAAUACUUACUUCAAACAAUUUUGUGAUAUUUUUUAAAUCAUUAAAGUACGUAUUAAUCAAUUUAUCUUAACUUUAAGAGUUGUAGAGUUCGAUUUUACUGUAGAUGUUGCCUUAUCCACCUUCUACGAACCAGAGUUCGGUAAGACAGCAGUUUGUUUUAUUAAAAUUAAUGAUUUAAGUAGUUCGCUAUUUGAGACCAAGUGUGUCAAGUUUAUAUUGUGUUAUUGUAAAUAGUGUUGUAUACGAGGAGAAUGACUGAUGUCACCGUGUCAAUAGAAUUGUAAAGAAGCCUAUUAAAUCAGUCUGUACAAAAGAUAAGCAUGAGCACGAAAGAUAAAUGAAUCAAUAUCAAUAAUUUUGUUUCUAUAAAUAAUACGAGACAAUACAAUAGUACCUAUGAAAAUAAAAGGGCCUAAAACACUACCCUGAGGAACACCGUUACAACCGCGCUUUUUUGUCACUUGUAUAGUUGAUUUAAGAGUGAAAAAAAGAAUAUAAAUUCUGGUGAUUUACUUUCCUGUUUGUCUAAAAAUGCAAUUGUUCUAUAUAUUGCAAUAUCUAGAUAUUCCUGCAUUUGAUUGACAUAAUCAAAACUAAUCAAAAGCUUUAGAAGAACUUAAAAAACAAUAUUUGUUCAGUAUAUUACUUUAACAUGUCAUGUUUCCUUUUGUAUAGACUGCAAAAAGUGGUUGUAAAGACAUCAAGAGUCAGUUUAGGCUUCUGAAUUAUUGAAUACAGUUCACAUGCCAUAUUAUUGUUGAAAAUUAUUAGAAAUUAAGAUAACAUUUUUGCAAAAUAUUAGUUCUAUGACCAUUAAAAUGGACGGCAUAUUGUUAUGUAUUAUAUUGUAUAAGUAUGUUGCCAUAUUAUUUAAGGAAAAUGUGCUUGACAUAUUUAAUGUAAUAUUGGAAAACCCCUACAUACUUCCUAAUUUAUAUAAUGUCUCUAAACAUAAUGAAACAUGUGUUAAUAGAUACAUAGACAUUUGAGCCAGUAAGAAUUCAGAAUGUUUGGAAAAGACUUUUAGAAACGAUAACACCAUGACCUCAAACUACAUUAAUUAAUACAAAAAAUACACAACGUAUUCUUUCGAUAUUAUGUCCUUACAAAUCUAAACUUAUUUCAACUAACGUGCAUAUACUAAAAAGUAACUUUCUAUAUUUCAAUGAAACAUUAUCUACCUACAGUAGAUUUGACUGCCUUUCCUUUUAUCAAUAGACAUUGUAGACAAUUAAAUUCAAGGUAUUCUGUAGCUUUUGUUCUAACAGGAAUUACAAAUCUAGACGUAGUUAUUUGUUUUUCAAAACACGUCGCCAUUUUCUAAGAUUUGCUAGUCAAUGAUCUCGCUAGAGCUUUUAGAUCUUUGGCAUGAUAAUUAUUAAGUGGGAGUUUUUUAAAUGAUUAAAAUAAAAACUGUCAGUCAUUUUAAUAUGUUAGUUCAGCUCUAACAAACAAUAUAUUAUUAUUACUAUUAGAUUACCUAUCAAUGUUACUGCUUUCUUCAUUUUUUAAUUUGUACCUACAAACAAUUCUGGAUUCGUAUUUAUGCUUACAUAUUUCUGGUAUUUUAUCAUACUUAGGAUUGUUAAAGUUCCUAGUAGGUACUUUUGCAAUAACUAAAAAAUAUUCUUCUUAAUGCACAAAUAUGUGGCAAACGAUGGCAUACAGACAAACAUGUACAAAAUGGGCAAAUAUUCGCACAAAUCUCAAUAGAUAUAAUUACGUAGUAAGUCUUGGAGUUGCGUUUAAUGUAUUUAUUUAUUGUUAGACGAGUUACGUUGGCUUUGUGAUUUUUGUUUAGUUUGUAAAACAUUUUUGUAUGUAUUAUUUUCUACUCGCCAUUUUUAUAAUCUUACUGUAUUACUGUACUAUAUUAUUAUCAUCUUCAGGCGAAAUUUAUUAGUUAAUAUUUAGCCCGUCCACAUGUUCCUUUUGUUGAUUGUUUUAUAGUUGUAACAUUAGCUUCUAAUAAUGUUAACGAGUUGCUAAUAUAGGCGCACCAAGUGCUUUCGAAUUAUAUUUUAGCUGCAUUUAUGUACAAUCGGCCCGAAAAGUGAUUACUUUUUAUUUGUUGGCGAAUUAAUUAGCGCCAUAUAUCACUUUUGGAACCGAUAUUACAACUGCGACGAGAAUUUACUUAGGAGAAUCAUAAAACGUUCAAUAAAUAAAGAUGUUGAUGCGGUGGUUUUAAAUAGUUCUAAUAACUAUAGAAUUAGCUUUUUUUCUAAAAGAAAAGUUUAAAAAGAAUUUUAAAAUUUCUCUAGAAGUAUACUUGAGCAGGUACAUUUUUAAUCCCCAAAUAUUUUCCAAUUUAGCAAGGACCAAAACUAAUUUUUGUUCGAAAAAAAUUCCAUUUACAUACUAAUUAUAUUCUUGACCAACUUUUGAAUUAAUUUUUACUUAGAAUUUUCGAGGCCUGUAUCAGAUUAUGCUAGAGUGUAGAUGCUGACACCUUGUAACAUAUUAGUAUUUAUACCACCUCGCUUUAUGACAAGUUUUACACCAUUUGCUUUAAACCCUUUGAUAUCUCAACAAGCCACACUCACAAUUAAAUAUUUUCAAUUCUAAAAGGAGGAAGCAUGAUAAAAUUGUUCUAAUAGAAUAGAUGAUAUUUCUCAAUAUUGUUCAUUACUAUGUACAUAAUGAAAGAUGCAAUAAUUUUUCAUAAUUUUAUCUAUAGUUAUAUCUUGGAGAGGUUGUUAGUGGUUACUUUUAACUAUAAUUUAUAAUAUGUACGAUGUACAUGUAAAACUAUUGUAGUUAGUGAAAUUGCAAUGUUUAAAGCAUGUGUUGGGCAUGAUUCAAUUUGUGUAACAUAUGUUUAAAUUGUAUGAUAUGUAAAUAAAAAGUUUAAAUGAGACCUGCGAAAUAUGAUUUUCUUCCGAGGUACAAAAUAUAAAUUAACCAUGUUGAAAACUAUGAUUA